UGAAUAAAUCUGGAUGAAACCACGACCAAAUUAUUACAGUAACAAUAUCAUAUUUCUUAUGACUAAAAGCACAUAGAUUUCCUAUUAGAUAUCUCCAAAUUUUAAAAUACUUUUUCACGUGCCUCUCCUUAAAAAGCAAACAAUAAGAGAAAGACUAUCAUUCAAUAAAUUGAAUUAAGCAAUAAUUUCAUGAAAGAUUUUAAAUUUAACUAUUAAUCGGAAAUUAUCACUUUUAUAAUAAAAAAUCUGUAAGAAAACUACUGAUACAACUUUCCUUUAGAAUAAAAAGAAAAGGAAAGAAAAGAAAUGUUGGCGAAAGAAAAGAAGAAGAAGAAGGAAAGAGUGAUAUACCCAACUCCAAAAGAAAGAAAGAAAAGGAAAAUGUCAUGAAAUGUGAAACACAAGGGCACAUGCUUUGUCCCAACCCAAGCAUCUUAUAUUACAUAAUCCUUGUACUUCUUUUCUUUGGCUUAUCAAAAGUUGAAAGGAACAAACAGCCUGUCCUUUUUAUUGUUCUUCUUUUUUUACAGAAAAUAUUUCCACAUCUACAGUUCUAAAUAAAAAAACCCUAAAAGUGGCAAAUUAAGUAAAUGAUAUAUUAUUAAUACAACUAAGAACUUAUUAAAAAAAAAAAAAAAAAAACUAAUCUCUUAACUCUAGCUCUUUUUGGCCUUUCAUUGUAGCUUCUCUCACUCGUUCGUAUCUCUCUUCACACACUGCAGCUUACUACUGAAGUAUUUAAAGUGCCCCUCUUUAGCCAUUUAUGGCAUUUUGGUAGUGGCUAGGAAGUGAUUUUGAACCUAACUUUUCAAAGUUUGAUUUUGUUUAUUAUAUAUUGGGCUUCUCUUUAUUGGUUCUCAUAUGGAAUCCUUGUCAGUAAAUGAAUGGCUGCAAUGAUCAAACCAGUCUUCUUUUGCUGCACAUUGUCUCUUGAACAGUCAAAAGAGAAGCUUACUUAACUGAAUUGAGAAGGGUUUAGGGGCAAUAUAUAUUGAAGGGAUUGAUUUUAUAGAUAUAUGGACUGGAACUUGACGGCGACUUCUUGGAAUUUGACAGAAUUCAAGCAAGAAGCAAUACCAAAUUUAGAUUCAUUUGAUAGCCGGUCUGCUAGUUUUGCAGAUAAUAGGAGUAGUGGGGAUUUUUCAAUUGAUCUGAAACUUGGUAGAGUUAGUCAUUCAAAUGAUCAAGCAAUAAAUCAGUGGAAGCAGCCUGGAGCAGACUCAAAAAUGGAGUGUUCGUCACCUUCGGUAUCAACGAAGAGGGCACGGGCAGCUAAUAAUGGAACUCAGGUAGCGUAUUGCCUUGUGGACGGAUGCAGUGCUGACCUUAGCAAUUGUAGGGACUACCACAGGCGCCAUAAGGUUUGUGAGCUUCACUCCAAAACUCCUCAAGUUACUAUAGCUGGCCAGAAGAAACGGUUCUGCCAACAAUGUAGCAGGUUCCAUUCCCUAGAGGAAUUUGAUGAAGGAAAAAGAAGCUGCAGGAAACGGCUUGAUGGACACAACCGCCGACGAAGGAAGCCUCAGCCAGAUCUUCUCUCACGUCCUGCAAGCUUUUUGUCCAAUUACAAAGGUUUGUCACGACAAUGUCUCAUGGACUCUGUUACAGCUAUACAGCAGGUUCUGCUACACAGGAACCAUUUGUUGCCAUUCUCUAGUACACACGUAUAUCCAUCCACAACGGUGGUGAGCUCUGCAUGGUCUGGAGUUGUUAACACUGAGGCAGACGCUGCUGGCCGAUAUAGUGUACAACAACGGAUGAAUAUGAUUGGCAAACACAGUCCUUUCUUUGGAUCGUCCCUAAGCAGCAGCAGCAGCAGCAGCUACAAAGGAGGGAAGCAGUUGCCAUUCUUGCAGGUCGACAACAACCACUCCCCCCUUAACCAUCAAACAGCAUCUCCUCCUCCUCCUCUUAGUCAUGCAGCUUCUAUCUGCCAGCCACUUCUGAGGUCCAUUACUAUGGAUGAAAGCAGCGUGAUCAGUAGCUACAGCAUGUUCUGUGACAAGCUAGCACCAACAACAACACAAGUCCGAGACUCAGAUUGUGCUCUCUCUCUUCUGUCAUCAGCAAAGGCACAGAUAUCUGGGAACCACAUGCUGCAACCUAACUCAGUUCCUUUAGCUCAUUCCGCAGAACCAAUGGACUCAGUUCUGGUUUCCAAUGGCAGGGACGCUUGGUCAUCCACAGACAAUGCUCCUCAAACUCUUCCGUUCAAUUGGGAGUAGAGAACGAAAUGCCAUUUACACUCCUUGGUGGGUGAUCAGCUCUAUAUUAAUUGUGGAUUGCCAUCUCGUCUAAACUGCAUCCUUUCGUUAUUUAAAUUUAAGUUCAUCUCUUUUUUGCACAGUCGAGCUUAUACAUGCAAUGCAUGCCAACAUUUGUUUC